UGCAGCUGCGGCGAGCAGCUGACGCGGAAUCGUUUGCUAGUUGCUGCUCGAGGCUCGCGUGUCGCGAACGCAGCGGGUCGAUUUUCAACGCGAGCAACGUUACCGCGCGCGCGGUUCAACGCGACGACGUUUACGCGAGCGUGCGCGUGCGCGAGUGCACGUUGCCUGCCGAGAGACACGAGAGAAGCUGCCGCAACACCGAGGGUGGCUGCGCAACAACACAACAGGCGGACGCGUACGGUGCACGCGUCUCGAGACGGACAUUUUUCUCACUCGUCAAAUGAACGGAGCCCCGAUCGACCGCGGCCAAGAGAAAGCAGCAGCCUCGUCGACGUGUCGACGCCGAGUGUCGCGGGACCGUGGCGAUUUUUCGAGCGAACGGUCGUCGGCCACGAGUUGCUCCGACGGUGGUUGAGCUCGUGCAUACCCGAUACCGCCAUCGCUGUCAACAUCUUCCGAUCCUCCCUCGAGGACGGCCAACAUUCGACACAGUAAACCGUCGGUGGCGAAGGGGAAGAUGGAGUCGACGCGAGUCUCUUCGACGCCGUUGGCCCUAGCUCUGGCCCUGGCGUUCCUUUCGUCGGUCGGUCGUUGCGACGCCUCGGAGAGCAUAAUAGGUAGUCGCGAAACUUGCGACGUCGAGGGAGAAGACUUUACCGUCGACAAGAUCCCGAACACCAAGUGCUUCAACUGCAUAUGCAAGAAUGGUUUCGUCGAGUGCAGGAAGCAACAGGAGUGCCCCAGCAUCGAAGGUUGCUACACGUUGCUGGAGCCGCGCGAAGACGAAUGCUGUCACAGAUGCAAAGGGUGCGUGCGAAACGGAGUGUACCACGAGUCCGAGACCGAGUGGACGGAAGGAGCAGACCCGUGCAGGAUCCUCACUUGCAAAGCGGGAGUGAUCACCGAGUCCCGACUGCACUGUUACACGCCAUGCUCGAAGCCCAUUCCGGCUGCUCCCGGUCAAUGUUGUCCAGUUUGUGCGGGAUGCUACGUGAACGGACAAAUGGUGACAGCGGACAGAUCGGUAACGACGACCGAGGACCCCUGCGUGACUUGCAGGUGCAACGGGGGUCGGCUGAUCUGCGCCAAACAGGCUUGUCCCGUGCUGCACUGUCCUUCUACGAGGAUCGUUCACGAUCCCGGCGAGUGUUGUCCCCGCUGCAGAGGCAGCGGAAGAUACUUGUCACCGCCAAAGGGCGCGUGCAUGCUGGGAACGAUGAUCUACAAUUCUGGCAAACAGUUUUACGCCGACCAGUGCACGCGCUGCAGCUGUUCAAAUUCGGCCGUGUCGUGCGUCAGAGAAACGUGUCCAGUCCACGACUGCCCCAGCGAGCACCAGACCGUUCUUCCGGGUCGUUGUUGUCCCCAGUGUCCUGAGGUCGAGGAAAUUCGACCGUCGUGCACGUACGCCGGGAAAACUUACGGGGAUGGCGAAACUUGGAAGCUUGAUUCCUGCAAGGCAUGCGCUUGCACACAGGGCAAAGUGCGGUGCGCGAUGCCGAUGUGCCCGCCAUUGAAUCUACCCUGCCCACCGAACUCGAGGCUGGAACACCCGGAGGGCCAGUGCUGUCCACGUUGCGUCGAAAGCGACGGCGUGUGCACGGUCUUCGGGGAUCCGCACUAUCGCACGUUCGACGGAAAGUUUUACAGCUUCAAGGGUGCGUGCAAGUAUCAGUUGGCCAGUGAUUGCUCGGGCCACACGUUCAGCAUUCGGGUGACCAACGACGCCAAGUCGACGAGAUUCUCCGCGUGGACCAAGACAAUUGCUAUAAAGGUAGGCGACUUGAAGGUGAAUCUCGGUCAGAGGAUGCGAGUGAAGGUGAAUGGAAAGAAGGUGGAGGUGCCGUACAAGGUGGCGAAUCGAUUGGAGGUGAAUCGGACGGUGGACAGUAUCGUCGUAAGCACGCAAAUCGGAAUCAAGGUUCUGUGGGACGGGAUAAGCUUCCUCGAAGUAUCGGCGCCGACAACGUACAGGGGUAGACUUUGCGGUCUGUGCGGGAACUUCAAUUCCCUACCGAAGGAUGACUUUACUAACAGGCGGGGCAGGCUGCUGCAGGAUCCUCAACCGUUCGGCCAAUCCUGGGCGGUAGGAGCCAAGAGGAGUUGCGUCAGGCCAAAGCCUGCGACCAACGUGGGCAGAGAAAGACGUUGCAGAGGACGGAAGGAUCAUCGGUUAUGCAACCGGCUGAGGUCGCAGAUCUUCGACGCGUGCCACAAGAAGGUCAACCCGACCAUGUAUUACAAGGCUUGCCUGCAGGACAUGUGCGAGUGCCCCAGCGAGAACUGCUACUGCGAAUCGUUCACCGCGUACGCGCACGAGUGCAAGAGGCUGGGCAUUCAGCUGCCGCACUGGCGAAAAUCGUCCAGGUGUCGAACCGGUUGGGACCAGUCCUUGGGAACGGCGGCGCUAGGCCCCCGUUUCUCCUGAUCAGUUCGAGUUUCGAAGCAGCCGACGAGGAUCGCGACCGAUUCUCGUUCGUUCGUCCAAUCGCGUCGACGCGCCCGUUCACGGACAAACUCGCCUCGACGUCGAAGCGUUCCUCGGUGCCGCGGAACCGUAUCUCUGCCUCCUUUCCUCGAGAGACGAUUAACCGUCUCGAUCGAUUCGAGUCUUGAAUCCAGGACUCCAGUGUCUGGUAACCAGUCGAGAGUUUCACUCUCGGAUCUUGGUAUCGAGAACAAGGUCUACGUCGGUCGAGCGUUUUCGGGUUGCAGAUGGGGGUCAGGGACAAGAUGGGUAAAUGAUCGUAAUUCUUCUGUUCGAGAGAAACGCUCGAUUGACAUGGUCGUAUGAGCUCUUUCACGUAGGCAUGGAAGAGCUACUGCCUAUCUAUCGGAAAGAUCCUUUAUUCCUAGAGAAUUUACAUAGGCGUUGGGCCUAGCAAGUGUUGCGUCUCUAUCUCUUAGGGUAAUGUCUAACGAUUGUUAAACUCUGGGUGUCAAGUCGAAGAUCUGUAUGGUUUGUUUUCCAACGAUCCAUCCAAUGCUAAGACGAAGGCAGCAAAACGCCCAAGAAAAGGAUCGUCCGACGUGGCCUUAAGAGUCUUUUCACAUUAGCAAACGAAAGAGUCUUCAGCUGGACGUUGCCCUCCCCCGUGUGUAUGCAUGGAAGAACCCUCACGACAAAAAAGAAUACACUCGAUAGCGACUCUUGUGAGCUAAACUCUUGAGUAGAUACAAGGCAUAAGAACCGACGAGUGAAAGAAACGACUUGGGAGUCCCGCCACUUGCCCUGUCGGGGAGGACUCCAUCACCUAGGGCCAUGUCAAGCGAUCACUUUAAAGACUGUUAGUGGGCCCCGUACGGACGAGGCUCCUGAACUCUGAAUCUCAAACAGGAGUUGGACAACGGUGAGAAAACGAAUCAUCGUGAGUCUCCAUUUGAGACCCAUAGUUUAUGACUCUUACUGUUCUCUUAGUGCGACAACGUCUGACGAAUGUAGCGAU